AUGGAUGAAUCUCAAAAUUUGAUAUGGAUGAAAAGGAAACAAGUCUUGAACAACAACAACAGCUCUUGGGAGGAAAAAGCUUUUGCUGAAGAUGCAGCUAGGAUACUUGGUGGAUGUAUAUGGCCACCAAGAUCCUACUCAUGUCACUUCUGUAAAAGAGAGUUUAGGUCUGCUCAAGCUUUAGGUGGUCACAUGAAUGUUCAUAGACGAGACCGAGCUAGGCUCAAACAAACUCUUACCAAAAAUAAUGACUUUACAACAAGUAGAGUUUCAACUACAUCUACACACGAAAAUUGUUUUCAGAUUCAGCCCAACGUGUCGUCGUCUUCAAUUAGAUGGGGGAAUAACCACAUGGAGUUUCAUGAUUCUGAACCAAAAGGGCUACUAGUUCAUGCAAGGGAACAGUUUUUCAAAGGCUAUGGUUAUAAUGAUUAUGUUGAAACAAGUUUGUCUAUGGGACAACAUAAUUCAAUGUUUGUCCAAAAUUUGCAAACUGUUGAUGAUUCAUGUGGGGACAAAGGCGUAAAUUAUAAAAAAUCAAAGACAGCAGCUUCUAUUUCAUCUUCACUUCCUGUCUUGCUGAAGCCAUGUUUGAAUGAUAGAUGUCUAACUUUUCAGUCUGCAGUUGGAAUUAAGCCUGGAAUGGAAGACUUGGAUCUUGAACUCAGGCUAGGGAAAUUAACACAGAAAGUUUAG